AUGGCAAUAGUAGUACCGUUACUUGUGCUGGCCGCCGGCGUGUUUGCUGCUGCAGUACUAGUGCUACUCAUCAUCCGAAAUAUUAUCAGCAGCAGCAACAAACGAUCGCAGCAUGGAAACAAAGCCCGACGGCCGCCGUCCCCGCCGAAGCUGCCGAUCCUUGGGAACCUCCACCAAGUGGGAAAGUAUCCUCACCGAACUUUCCCCGCCUUGGCGAAGCUUUAUGGCGGCCCUGACCUCAUGCUGCUCCACUUUGGCAGCAGGCCGGUAUUAGUGGUCUCCACCUCCAAGGCGGCGCGUGAGGUGAUGAAGACCAACGACCUCAUCUCCGCCGACCGGCCAGAUCUGAAAACCGCUAAGAAGCUUCUCUACGAUAACAAAGACAUCGCCAACGCUCGCUACGGCGAGCACUGGAGGCAGGCCAGACGACUGUGCGUGCUUCAUCUCCUCAGCAACAAGAAAAUCCAGUCCUGCCAUGCUUUGAGGGAGGAGGAAAUCGGGUUGCUGGUCAAUCGGAUUCGAGCAAGUGCCCAAACGGGCCAGGAGGUGAACUUGAGCGCGCUACUUCCCUGCUUCACCAACGACGUCAUCUGCAGGAUGGCGCUCGGGAGGAAGUACGAUGGCAAUACCGUCUUUAGGGAUCUUUUGGCAGAGCUCAUGGAGUUGGUUGUUACAUUAAGUGUGGGCGAGUUCAUUCCUCAGCUCUCGUGGGUGAGUCGACUCACUGGGUUCGACGCUCGAGUCGAUAGGGUGGCUAGACGAUUUGAUGAGUUUCUUGAUGGAGCGGUCUUGGAGAGCGCGGCUCGUUUGGAGAAACGGAGCAACAUGAUAGAAAGGGGAAAAGAAGAAGAAGAAGAAGAAGAAGAAGAAGAAGAAGAAGAAGAAGAAGAAGAAGAAGGCGAAGCAGUACCCUUCAUAGAUGUCUUACUGCAGCUCCAAAGGGACAGCCCAGACGACUUCCACCUGGAUGGAGACGGGAUCAAAGCAGUCAUCUUGGACAUGUUCAUCGGAGGAACAGAUACAACCUCAACGCUUUUGGAAUGGGCAAUGUCGGAGCUGAUGAAACACCCGAGGGUGAUGAAGAAGCUGCAGGAGGAGGUCAGAAGAGAAGUUGGUGGUGAAUGUGUCAUUAUUUUUGAAGCUAAUUUGCACAAGCUGGAGUACCUAAAGCUAGUAAUCAAAGAGACGAUUCGAUUGCACCCGCCAGUCCCGCUGCUACCUCCAAGGCAAUUGAUGCAAGAUGCGACCAUAAUGGGGUACGAUGUAUCUGCAGGAACCAUGAUCCUCACCAAUGCCUGGGGGAUCGGAAGGGACCCGGCCGAUUGGGGGGUAUCGCCUGACGAAUUUCAGCCGGAGCGAUUUCUCCAAGCCAAAGUGGAUUUCAAAGGCCAAGAUUUUCAGCUGAUACCUUUUGGAGCUGGAAGGCGAUGCUGUCCGGGGAUUUCUUUCGGCCUCGCCGUCGUGGAGGUGGCGCUGGCGAAUCUGGUGAGGGACUUUGACUGGAAGCUUCCCGGUGGAAUGAGAGGGGAGGAUUUGGACAUGUCUGAGUGUGUUGGUCUUACAGCCCGCCGAGACCUCCCUCUUCUCACCAUACCCACCAUUGUCUCUGCCCGUCGGCCAACUUAA